GAUUCAAACCUCGGGCGGAGCCACAGGAGCCACCGCGGCCAUGGAGGGAGCGGGGCCGGGGCGCUGUGAGCGCCCGACUGCCGAUGAGAUGGACGAACAGAGGAGGCAGAACGUUGCCUACCAGUACCUGUGUCACCUGGAGGAAGCCAAGCGCUGGAUGGAAGCCUGUCUGGGUGAGGAGCUGCCCCCGCCCACGGAGCUGGAGGAGACCCUGCGCAACGGGGUCCUCCUGGCCAAGCUGGGCCACUGCUUUGCCCCUGCUGCUGUCCCACUGAAGAAGAUCUACGACCCUGAACAGACACGGUACAAGACAGCUGGGCUGCACUUUCGGCACACGGAUAACAUCAACCACUGGCGUGAUGCCAUGAGCCACGUGGGGCUUCCCUCGAUCUUCCACCCAGAGACCACUGACAUCUAUGACAAGAAGAACAUGCCCCGGGUGGUCUAUUGCAUCCACGCACUCAGCUUCUACCUCUUCAAGCUGGGGCUGGCUCCUCCGAUCCAGGACUUGUAUGGGAAAGUGAACUUCACAGAGGAGGAGAUCAACAACAUGAAGCGGGAGCUGGAGAAGUAUGGGCUGCAGCUGCCUGCCUUCAGCAAGAUUGGAGGCAUUUUGGCCAACGAGCUCUCAGUGGAUGAAGCAGCAGUCCACGCUGCCGUGCUGGCCAUCAACGAGGCGGUGGAGCGAGGAGUGGUGGCCCAGACCAUGGAGACCCUGCAGAACCCCCACGCCAUGCUGGUGGGACUGCGCCAGGAGCUGGCAGGUGCCUACCAGGAGGUGCUGCACCAGGCCAAGCUGGAGAAGGGCAGCAGUGCUAGAAACAGGUGCCCACAGAUGAUUCCUGAAGGAGAGGAUGUCUAUGACUGGUGUCUGACCCAGGCUGAAAUCCAAGGGAACGUCAACAAAGUGAAUGUGCGUGGAGCUCUGGAAGAGGUGGACAAUGCCCUGGAGAGACAGGAUGUGCUGGCACUGCACUGUGCACUGCAGGACCCCAGCCUGGCCCUGCGCUGCGUCCAGCGUGACAACCUCGAGCUCUACCUGGAGCAGCUCAGCACGGACAGGGAGGAGAAGGCACUGGAGCUGGGCUACCUGGAGCUGCUGGAGCAGGAGGAGGUGCAGGCAGGGAUCCUCACAGCAAACCGGAGGGACGAGAAGGAGCGAGCCAUGCUGCAGGCUGUUGGCCGGAUCAACGCUGCUGUCCGCCAAGGGAUGCCAGCCAAAACCUUGGAAGCUCUGCUGGAUCCUGCAGCCCAGCUGCCUGAUGUGCACGCCCCUGCUGCCCCCCUGUACCAGCAGCAGCUGGCCCUGCUGCAGAGCCAGCACCCACGGGGCGAGUUGGCACAGGAGGAGUUGUUUGUGGCUGUGGAGAUGCUCUCAGCUGUGGCACUGGUUAACCAAGCCCUGGAUGCCAGGAACCCCAGCAGGCUCUGGAGCAGCCUGGUCAGCCCUGCCCUGGGCCUCUCAGGAGUUGAGGAUGCAAAUGCACAGCGGUACUUUGAUGACUUGCUGCAGCUGAAAGUCCAAGUGAGGAAAGCAGGAGCUGAGUUCCUGAGCUGGAAUGACAUUCAGGACAGCAUCAGCAACACCAACUCAUCAGUGCAGGAUGAAAACGACCGAGCCCAUGCGCUCCGGCUGCUGAAUGAGGCGCUGCUGCAGGAGGACCCUGAGGUGACACUGGCGGCGCUGCUGCUGCUGGUGCCCGCCCUGCCCGACAUCGACAUCGCCCUUCCCACCGCCCCCCGCUACCACAGCGUCCUGGCCCGGGCACGGAGGCAGAAAGCCCAGGCCACGGAGGACAAUGGAGCUGCUCUUUGCUGGGAAGAAAUCCAGGAAGGGGUCUGCCAGGCCAACCAGGACACAGUGGCAGCCAGGAGGAUGGCUCUGGGCAUAGCAGCCAUCAACCAGGCCAUCAAGGAAGGGAAGGCAUCCCAGACACUGAGGGUGCUGUGCAACCCUGACGUGGCCCUGCGUGGGGUGGUGAACGCCUGUGCUGACGCCUACCAGGAGCAGCUGGCGGCUCUGAUGGCCACCAAGAGACCAGCAGGGAGCACGAAGCCAUGCUGGGUCCGGCACAGGCUGCUGGAUGGUGCCGAGUUCUACCUGAACCUGCAGACCUUGGAGGGCAGCUGGCAGUGCCCACGCCAUGGCAGCUUCAACAGCACACACCUGAGCGGGGAGGAGAUGCAGUCUGUCAUCACCCGAGUGACACUGGCCCACGAGCGGGAGUGCCUGUGGGCAUCCAGGGUGGCCCUGGUGGUGAAGCUGCAGGCGCGGCUCCGCGGGUUCCUCGUUCGCCGGCAGCUCGCGGCGCGGCGGCACGUCCUGCAGGAGCAGAGGCCAGCUGCCAUCAGGAUCCAGGCUUGCUGGAGGGGGUACAGGCAGCGCAGAGCUUACCUGGACAGGCUGCACUACCUGAAAUCCAACACAGAGGCUGCAAUCAAGAUCCAGGCAGCUGUGAGGAUGUGGCAGGCACAGAGGAAGUACCAGGAGAGGCUGCGCUACUUCAGGCAGAAUAUUAAAGCUGUAAUUAAAAUCCAGGCUUUUGUGCGAGCCAACAAGGCCCGUGGGGAUUACAGGAUGCUGGUCCACACCAAGAGUCCACCCCUGGGCAUCGUCCGGCGCUUCAUCCACCUGCUGGAGCAGAGCCAGCACGACUUCUGGGAGGAGUCAGAGGUGCUGAGGCUGCAGGAGGAGGUGGUGAAGAGGAUCCGUGCCAGCCGGCAGCUGGAGAGCGAUCUGGACCUCAUGGACAUCAAGAUUGGGCUGCUGGUCAAGAACAGGAUCACUCUGCAGGAGGUGGUGUCCCACUGCAAGAAGCUGACCAAGAAGAACAAGGAGCAGCUCUCAGAGAUGAUGUCCAUGGACAAGCAGAAGGGGCUCAAGACGCUCAGCAAGGAGAAGAGGCAGAAGCUGGAGGCCUAUCAGCACCUCUUCUACCUGCUGCAGACACAGCCAGUGUACUUGGCCAGGCUGAUCUUCCAGAUGCCCCAGAACAAAUCUACCAAAUUCAUGGAGUCGGUGAUCUUUACUCUUUACAACUACGCUUCCAGCCCACGGGAGGCUUAUCUGCUGCUGCAGCUCUUCAAAGUGGCACUGCAGGAGGAGAUCAGGUCCAAGGUGGACCAUGUUCAUGACAUCCUGACGGGCAAUGCCACGGUGAUCCGGCUGCUGGUCGGCUUCUACCGCAACAUGCCUGGGCAGAGCGCCCUGAGGCACAUCCUGGCUGGCCCCGUGCAGGAGGUGCUGCAGGACAGGACCCUCAGCAUCAACACAGACCCUGUGGACAUCUACAAGGCUUGGAUCAACCAGACUGAGUCACAGAGUGGGCACAGAAGCAAGCUGCCCUAUGAGGUGAGCCCUGAGCAGGCUCUCAGCCACCCCGAGGUCCAAAGGAGGCUGGACAUUUCUAUCCGCAAUCUCCUGGCAGUAACAGACAAGUUUGUCUCUGCCAUCACCUCUUCUGUGGACAAGAUCCCCUAUGGGAUGCGCUACAUGGCCAAAAUCCUGAGGAUGUCCUUGGUUGAGAAAUUCCCCAAGGCCCCAGCAGAGGAGGUUGAUAAGAUCGUGGGGAACCUGCUCUACUACCGCUUCAUGAACCCAGCAGUGGUGGCCCCCGAUGGCUUUGACAUCGUGGACAUGUCGGCCGGGGUGGCCCUGCGCCCUGAGCAGCGCCGCAGCCUGGGCGCCAUCGCCAAGGUGCUGCAGCACGCCGCCGCCCACAAGGCCUUCCAGGGGGACAGUGCCCACCUCUGUGGGCUCAACCAGUACCUGGAGCACACCCACAGCAAGUUCAGGAGGUUCAUCUCUGCUGCCUGCUGCGUCCCUGAGCCUGAGCAGAGGUUUGACAUGGAUGAGUACUCAGAGAUGGUGGCAGUGGCCAAACCAGUCAUCUACAUCACUGUGGGGGAGCUCAUCAACACGCACAAGCUCCUGCUUGAGCACCAGGACUCCAUCACAUCACAUCCCAGUGACCCCCUGCACAAGCUCCUGGAGGAUCUUGAUGAGCUUCCUACAGUUCAGUCCCUGCUUGGGGAGAGUGUUGCCAGCCUGGGAGACAGCAGUGCUGAGCAGCUCUCCCAGCUCAGCAGAACAGAGAUCUCCCUCACCCUCACCAACAAGCUGGUGCCAGUGGCCAGCAGUGAGGAGAGUGACACCAGGAGCCUGCUGCUGAGCACCAAGCAGAUGCUGGUGGAUUUGAUCCAGUGCCAAGCAGGAGAUUCCCUCCCAGACAUCCUGUGGACACCAGCCUCGGAGCAUGAGGAAGCUGCCCAUGAGCGCCUCGUGUGCCAGCGAGCUCUGUGGGAUGCCCAGCCCUCUGCCCAGCAGCUGAAGCGCCACCCCUCCCUGGCUGCCAACAGCCAGCUCUCCAUGGAGGAGAAGAAGCGCAAGGUCAUCCGCAACCUGCGGCGCUUGGAGAGCCUGGGGCUGGUGCACUCUGCCAACCACUACCAGGAGCUCAUUGAUGAGCUGGCCAAGGACAUCCGGAACCAGCGGCGGCACCGGCAGCAGCGCCGCAGGGAGCUCCUGAAGCUGAGGCAGACCCUGGAGGGCCUCGAUGCCAAGACUCUGUUUUAUGAGGAGCAAAUUGAUUAUUACAACCAGUACAUCAAGACCUGCCUUGACAACCUGGCAGCCAGCAACAAGGGCAGUGGGAAGAGCAAGAAGCUGCCAUCUCUGCACUACACAGCAGCCCAGCUGUGGGAGAAGGGGGUGCUGCUGGAGAUCCAGGACCUGCCACCCAGCCAGCUCAAGAACGUGGUUUUUGACAUCAUCCCCUGUGAGGAAUCGGGCAGGUUCCAGGUGAAAGCCAAAUUCAUGGGGAUCGACAUGGAGCACUUCCAGCUGCACUACCAGGACCUGCUGCAGCUGCAGUACGAGGGUGUAGCCGUCAUGAAGAUGUUCCAUAAGGCCAAGGUCAAUGUCAACCUGCUCAUCUUCCUCCUCAACAAGAAGUUCUUCAAGAAGUGACAGGGUCAG